AUGGCCUCGCCAGACGACGACAACGAAUUUGACCGUCAUGCAUUGACGCUCUCCAAAUUCGGCUCCGUUCCACCGAUGGGAUGGCUGAAGGAUUUGCCACCUGCCUUCGAGGCCGCUCCUCCUCGAAAGCUCUCCUCGCUUGAGAAGCUCCCUAGGGAGGUGCGGCAACAGGUAUAUAGCUACCUCGGGGUGCCCGUUGGACAUAACAUGUGGGUCAAUUGUCGCAACGAGUCGUGUGAUGAAUGGGAACCACCCUCAUGGGCCAACGCGUACUUAUACUUGCCUUGUGGAUUGAACUACUUCGAGCGCUGUCAAUAUCAACAUCGUUGGCGGAUGGUCGAAAUACAGUCCAAGAGCCCUUGUGGUCGCGCCGACCAGUUCAGAUUUGAGAGCAAGACUGGGCAAGGGGUGGAUUCGGCGUGGCUUCCGGAGCCAUUCAUGGACUUGACGUUGCUCCAUGUGUGCAAGUCUAUUCGCGAUGAGGUCCCCGACUUGUUGUUCCGGGACGUCAACGUCGGCAGAGGAUCCAUUGCCCGUCGCCCAGGUUACAAGCGCCACAUCACUCGCAUGCUCAAGAAACAAGCCAAUUCUCUCCGCUUUGUCGCCAAGUAUUGUCCUGCACUCGUCACCCUGCGGACGGAUUUUAUCCCAGCAUGUCCCCACAUCUACUGGGACUGGGUCUUUCGUUGCACUUGCGGUCAGAAACCGAAACAGAGCACAAUUGGCGUUCUCAUCGCCGCCUAUAUCGAGGUAGUCUCCAAGUGUGCAAACCUGCAGGAGAUUGUGGUCGAGAGGCUUCAGGUACGACGGUUUGAGGACUGCCCGUUGAAGGUGGCGGUUCUUCGGGUUCUCGAACUGCGGGACGUUCCGGCCGGUUUGAAGGAGGAGAUUGCGCUGAAAUGGAUUCAGCCCUUGAUGAAUGAUAUGGUAACUCAUCCGGUGGAGGAACUCUGGGUCGAUGACGCUUCCGAGUCCUAG